GGCUCCCAGUCGGCGUUCCCGGUACACGCGCUUCAACUUCGGUUGGUGUGUGUCGAAGAAACCUGACUGCGACCUGGGGAGAAGAGCGAAGAGGGUCCACCGAGCCUCGCGAAAGGUCCGCUGAGCGGGCUCGCGUCCGGAGCCACUCCGGGCUGCGGAGCACCCAGCGGAACCCACGCCUGGCACAGGUGUGGGAUCCCGUCCUUCUGUCUUCGCAGAGGAGUCCUCGCGUGCAAUUUUUCAGAAACAAAAAGCUUUUGAAAACAAAAAGAAGAAAGGGUGGAAGAGGAGGCCAGGAUCCGGGCCUCCAUCCCCACAGGAGCGAAGCUACACCCGGGAGGUCUCCUCCCACCCCAUCUCUCACCCUGGGGCCCGACUGCCCACCUCCUCCUCCUCCUCCUCCCCCCAACGGCCCCUCCUCCUCCUCUUCCUCUUGCUCCUCCUCCUCUUCCUCUUCUUCAUCCUCACGCAGCGCCCAAAGGGGCCAGUACAUCCCCAACCUGGCCGAACGAAGGCGGGACGAUCUCUCUGAAGAGAUCAACAACCUCAGAGAGAAGGUCAUGAAGCAGUCCGAGGAGAACAACAACCUGCAGAACCAGGUGCAGAAGCUCACAGAGGAGAACACCUCCCUUCGUGAGCAAGUGGAGCCUGCCCCUCAGGAUGAGGAGGAUGACAUCGAGCUCCGAGGUGCUGCGGCGGCUGCUGCCCCACCCACUCCGUUAGAGGAAGAGUGCCCAGAUGACCUUCCUGAGAAGUUUGACGGCAACCCAGACAUGCUGGUUCCUUUCAUGGCUCAGUGCCAGCUCUUCAUGGAAAAGAGCACCAGAGAUUUUUCAGUCGAUCGUGUCCGCGUCUGCUUCGUGACAAGCAUGAUGACCGGCCGUGCCGCCCGCUGGGCCUCUGCGAAGCUGGAGCGAUCCCACUACCUGAUGCACAACUACCCAGCCUUCAUGACCGAAAUGAAGCACGUCUUUGAAGACCCUCAGAGGCGAGAGGCCGCCAAACGCAAGAUCAGACGUCUGCGCCAAGGCAUGGGGUCAGUCAUCGACUACUCCAACGCUUUCCAGAUGAUUGCCCAGGACCUGGAUUGGAACGAGCCCGCCCUGAUUGACCAGUACCACGAGGGCCUCAGCGACCACAUUCAGGCAGAGCUGUCGCGCCUCGAAGUGGCCAAGUCGCUGUCGGCGCUGAUCGGCCAAUGCAUCCACAUCGAGAGAAGGCUGGCCAGAGCGGCUGCAGCUCGCAAGCCGCGCUCCCCGCCGCGCGCACUCGUGUUGCCGCACAUCACGAGCCACCACCAGGUAGAUCCGACUGAGCCUGUGGGCGGCGCCCGCAUGCGCCUGACCCAGGAAGAAAAAGAAAGACGCAGAAAGCUGAACCUCUGCCUCUACUGUGGAAAUGGAGGUCACUACGCCGACAACUGUCCUGCCAAGGCCUCAAAGGCUUCGCGCGGGAAACUCCCCGGCCCCGCUGUAGAGGGACCUUCAGCGACCGGGCCAGAAAUAAUAAGGUCCCCACAAGAUGAUGCUUCAUCUCCACACUUGCAAGUGAUGCUCCAGAUUCAUCUCCCGGGCAGACACACCCUGUUCGUCCGAGCCAUGAUCGAUUCUGGUGCUUCUGGCAACUUCAUCGAUCACGAAUACGUUGCCCAAAAUGGAAUUCCUCUGAGGGUCAAGGACUGGCCAAUACUGGUAGAAGCAAUUGAUGGACGCCCCAUAGCAUCGGGCCCAGUUGUCCACGAAACGCACGACCUGAUAGUCGACCUGGGAGAUCACCGUGAGGUGCUGUCAUUCGAUGUGACUCAGUCUCCGUUCUUCCCCGUCGUCCUAGGGGUGCGCUGGCUGAGCACACACGACCCCAACAUCACAUGGAGCACCCGAUCGAUCGUCUUUGAUUCUGAAUAUUGCCGAUACCACUGCCGGAUGUAUUCUCCAAUACCUCCGUCACUCCCACCACCAGCACAGCCGUCGUUUUACUACCCGGUGGAUGGAUACAGAGUUUACCAACCAGUGAGGUACUACUAUGUCCAGAAUGUGUACACUCCAGUGGAUGAAAACGUCUACCCGGACCACCGCCUGGUUGACCCUACCAUUGAAAUGAUACCUGGAGCACACAGUAUUCCCAGCGGACACGUGUACUCACUGUCCGAACCCGAAAUGGCAGCCCUGCGAGAUUUUGUGGCCAGAAACGUGAAAGACGGGCUGAUUACUCCAACAAUCGCCCCAAAUGGAGCCCAAGUUCUCCAGGUGAAGAGGGGGUGGAAACUGCAAGUUUCCUACGACUGCCGAGCUCCCAACAGUUUCACCAUCCAGAAUCAGUAUCCUCGACUCUCUAUUCCAAAUUUGGAUGACCAGGCUCACCUGGCAACGUACACUGAAUACGUACCUCAAAUACCCGGAUACCAGACGUACCCCACAUACGCCACGUACCCGACCUACCCAGUAGGAUUCGCCUGGUACCCAGUGGGGCGAGAUGGACAUGGACGAUCGCUCUAUGUCCCCGUGAUGAUCACUUGGAAUCCGCAUUGGUACCGCCAGCCUCCGGUACCCCAGUAUCCGCCGCCGCAGCCGCCGCCGCCACCGCCGCCGCCGCCGCCGCCACCAUCUUACAGCACCAUGUAAACACUUGUCGUGUCCUUCAGGAUCUCUACCCUCAGAUUUACUUCUGUUCAGCUUCUCAAUCAGUGACUGUGUGCUAAAUUAGGCUACUGCAUCUUCAGGCCAACCUGAGGCACAGCCCUCUCUGAGAUGGCUACGGAAAGGUCAGGGCCACCCUGGACUGGCGCACAGCCCAAGAAAGCACCAAAAGACCUCCUCCGCCAUUUUCGGAGAGCGACAGAAUAUUUACCAACAACUUCUCUCUCGGUUUCCCACCUUAACUGCCAAUUUAACUAAAAUUCGUAACAAGUUUACUUCCCAGCGAAUCCUGGAAGCCUGGGUUUUACCUGCUAAAACCUCUGUCACCAUCUAAAUUAAUAGGCUGCCAGAUUCCACAUUUAACAGUUACAGAGAAGCUGAUGCAAACACAGGAAAUGCUGAUUUCUUUAUGGAGGGGGAGACACGGAGGAGGACGACAUGAAUUUUCUUGCAGUCUCGGUACUCUCUUUACAUCACUGGAGGACCGACGCCUUAUUAAGGAAGCCAGAAUUGUUGGUGCAGUGUAAAACGGCUUCCGUGAUCUUUUUGCUGCACCCUUAGAAACUUCACCAUCUUCAAACUCCACAUUCAUGGUUCCGUUAAUUCUCAAGGAGCAGCAACUGGACCGGUUCUCACAGGAGCAGGCAAAACCCCUGCAACAGAAACACCUCAGGCCUCAGAAGGAAGUGCUCUCUCAGAAAGGACUCUUGCAUGUUGAGUGUGCCUUCACACCCUGGUGCAAAUCACAUGUACCCAAGAACUCUGGCUUUCUCACAACACCUUACCAUCAUCAUGCUGGUAAUGGCUUCCAUAAAAUGUUAAACCUGGUAACCAGAGACUGUUGGUGGCUCCAGGUGUGUUAGACGUUUAUGAGGCGUGACUACCUUGCAGUCCCAUACCUAGCUCUUAAGAGACUCUGAGUUAACGUUACCAAUGUAUCCUGGUACUUAAGAAGAAAUUUCAGGAGUGUUGUUAAUUGGCUGGAAGAGGAUCACCUGAAGUGUUGGAAGCAUCUCUCCAUGUGUCUGCCUCCAUAUGCAUCUGGGCAUUUCAUCAUCAGUCCCCUCACUAGACUGUAGCACAAGGAUGCUUAGAGAGGGGACAUGAAUUUAGCACCCAGACCCACACUCCUAUGCCUGCGAGGAAUAUCUUUGAAGAAGAGGAAUUGGGGCACUGGACACUGUCUUGAAGAUUCGGACUUCUUUAGUGAGCUUUAAAUCCAGAGGGUGGCCUGAUGGAUAACCUCACUUUAAAAGGAUCAGAGUUCACACAGUGGAAAGGGGUCCCCUCUAGAGGAUGGAGACAAAAAGAAGCUGCCAAGAAUGAAAGGCCUCAAAGCAACUCAUAUGACUCAAAGCAACAGACAACACAAGCAUUGUCUUCAAUCCAGUGUCGACCUCUAGUCUCCUGGAUGCUUUGUGCUAACCUGGGACUGCCUGACUUCUUUAGCCUGGUCUUUUGCUACUACCUUGAACUCUCUGUCUAACCUCUCUCUUUCUGUUUAAUUCUUUACUACUGCCAUUAACCCUGCUGCAGGAUUUGUGUCAUCUUUCCUGCCUGGCGCUGAGACUCCAUUUUGCUGCCACGCAUGGAGAAGAAAGAGGCAGGCUUCAAGAGGCUUGUGUUUCAGUACACAACCUCCAAUUGCCAAAACACAGUUUGAGCAGUAGACAACAUGGUAUAGAUUUCAAAUUGCAUAUCAUGAAGAGGAGUCUAAUGGUGAAGUUUCAUUUUUCAUCCACAUCUUUCACCCAUUCAUUAUCACCCAUUCAUUAUCACCCACCCUUAUUCUUGCAUGUUUAAAUACUUAAAAGUUUUAGCCGUAGGUGACUAGUGUCUUUUAACAGUGUUUUAAAGUGGUGACUGCUUUCAGAAGUUAUUUCCAUUGAAUUACAAAGUACUACCCAAUUCUUAUUGUUAAACUAAUUAAAAUUGAGUAACAUAGUAUAAAAUGUUUCUUUACUGUGAACUUCUCUUACAACACUGUGAAUGAGAGGCUCCUCAGAACUGGAGUAUUUGUAUAGUAGUUCAUCCCAUUCAUCUUCAAUCUGCUAGUUUAAUGUCAUAUAGAAUUUCAAUUUUAUUAAUUGGGCCUUUUAAAAAUCACACAAAAAGACCUACAAAUUCAAAAAAGAUACCUAAUUGGCUAUUUAAUUCCAAAUAACUCUCCCCCCUCCCCCUUUUAUUUUCUUCAAUGGAAUCCGAAAGCUUGUCAGUCACUCAUGUGUUUUAGAGUAAUUACCUUUAAAAUGGUGCGUUUGUGCUUCUGGACUAUUUUGAAGCGUCACUUCCGUUUACCUCAGAUCAACCCAUCACCCAUACAUUUGAAUUCAAGUUGUUUUGUGUCAAAUUUACAGUUGUCACUUGAUCUUCAAGCUGCUGAGGGCCUAGAAAUAGGUCAUUGUCUGCAGCCCCGGCAUGAGCACACGGACAUUUGCCAUCACUGCAAGCGGAAAUCUGGAGAUGUUGACCAACGACAGCAGCUGUCAGGGAAAGCAUGGUGGUAUGGGUCAGCUACGCAUGGAUGAAGACCCUGGCGCACAUUUGGCUGUUUAGUAAAGCUUGUGAAAAACUGUUGGCAGUGUGUUCUAUGCUUUAUUGCUAUAUAUACUAUCUAUAAAUGUAGGUGUUAAGGAUAAGUAAUUUCAAAUUUAUUCUAUAGUAUCAGAAUUUGAUAAGUUUCCUUUCACUGAAUUUAUUUUGUUGCUGUUGAUUAUGUUUAUUGGAUACUUCUCUUUUUUGGCAUUUUUCCCACAAAAUGUCUUUAUUCAUAAGAAAGGAAAGAGCAAAGAAAUUAAAUCUCUAAGGGAGUUAGAAAGGGAGAAAAAUAAAGCAUAAAGGACAUACAACAAAACAGAAUUAUUAGAGCCAAUAGUCAACCUUUUUUUGAAACAAAUUGGCAAAUUUGGUUAACUUUUGACCCAAAUUGUCGGUGUUAAUUAAAUCAAGGAAGAAGAAGAUAGGAGCUCCCAUUGUUAGGCAAACCUGGAGGGAACUAGUGAAGGUCAUCAUGCUAAGAUCUUGAAAGGGAGGAAGUUUACAUACAUUUCUGAAGGGUCAACUUAGUUUGAGCAAUGAGGUAUUUGCAGUCGAUGCUGGAAAAUAGAGAAUUAGUUUGAUUCAAUCAGGUGAGGUGACAUAAGGAACUUGCAGGUGCAUAAAAUAAAGAGAGGCACAUCUAUAUAGUGCAGUCUGGAUUUGUGUUUAAGUUUGCAGGUACCUCUUGGGCUCCUGAAUUGAUCUGCUUGUCAUCCACCACAGACGUCGAACGUCAGAUACAGUUCCAAGAUUGGCAACAGGGAACACUCUGCUGGGAAGACCUGGGCAGAAAUGAAGGACCACCUGCCGAGAGGAAGAGCUAGGUGGGAACCACGCUGCAUUUUCAUGGAAAGAAUGAACAUCUAGUGGGACUGAAAGUUCUUUGUUGUUUCAGAUUGUAGAAUGCGAUUGAUGGAAUUGGUCUGUGGAAAUUGCGUUGUUUUUUAUUUCUUUAUGUUAUCAGUUUAAGUAAUAGGGGAUAUACAUAAUCAUAAGUAUUUUAGGGUGGGAGGGACUAUUAAGUAAUCUUAAGUGGGUGGGGUUAGUUUAAAAGUUAGCAUGAUAUUAUGUAUUAGAUAACUCUAUAAGUGGACAUGUGUACUUACUUGUGAUCCUUUACCCUAUGAUUGCUACCCCUAAAGAUUUCAGAUAAACUCAGAGGGAACUGCAGGGAGAUCAACCUAUUUAGGGCAAAUUGGACAUGGAUAAAACUCUAGUGGGAAAAAGUUCAAAGGUGAUUGGAUAAAUAAUUUAACUUUGCCCUGGGUGUUAACGCCAGAGAUCCAGAUUGUGAGCAAAGCCUUUGGAAAGUUAUAAGAUGAGUAGAUACUCUUUGAGAAAUUCUUGCUGGAAUGAAAUUGAUAAUUAAGGAUGGUAAAUAUUCAUGGAAGUUACAGAAAAGUGAUGAAUAAGAACCCUGUCAGUGGCCCUCCUACCUGCCCCUGCCUUUUCUCCCUACCCCUACCACCUCCCUACCCUUCCCCAUUUUAUUGCUGUAUUUCUCUCUAUUUACUAAUAUUGUAUUGAUGUUAUAAUAAACAUUCAAUUAAUAAAGAUUUAGUGGUUAAGUGCAAA